CUGCUUCAAAAAUGUGAACAAUGCCAUUGCUUUCUAGCAAGCAGAACUGGUGAGAGAGCAGAUAGGAGGGAAAUACAACAACUGGACACAUGAUAGAUGUUGUAGUAGCACUUGGGAUCAGACUAAGUAUAGCUCUGUGUCACAGCAGGAUUUGGGGGGCUCUCGUUGUGAUCGUAUCCUACCUACGCACUCUGUUCUUCAGGAAGAAACAAUUUCUACCCUGAGAAACACAUGGAGGCUUAGCAAAACACUUCCACCAAGUUAGAAGAGUGAUGACCAUCCUUUUCCUUACUAUGGUUAUCUCAUACUUCAGUUGCAUGAAAGCUGCCCCGAUGAAAGAAGCUAGUGUAAGAGGACAAGGCAGCUUGGCUUACCCAGGUCUUCGGACCCACGGGACACUUGAAAGCCUAAAUGGGCCCAACGCUGGUUCAAGAGGACUGACGUCGCUGGCGGACACUUUUGAGCACGUGAUAGAGGAGCUUCUAGAUGAGGAUCAGGACAUCCAGCCCAGCGAGGAAAACAAGGAUGCGGACUUGUACACAUCCCGAGUCAUGCUGAGCAGCCAAGUGCCUUUGGAACCCCCGCUGCUUUUUCUGCUUGAGGAGUACAAAAACUACCUGGAUGCUGCAAACAUGUCCAUGAGAGUCCGGCGUCACUCGGACCCAGCUCGCCGUGGGGAACUGAGCGUCUGCGACAGCACGAGCGAGUGGGUAACGGCGGCGGAGAAAAAGACUGCAGUGGACAUGUCUGGUGCGACCGUCACAGUCCUUGAGAAAGUCCCGGUACCGAAAGGCCAACUGAAGCAAUACUUCUAUGAGACCAAAUGCAACCCCAAGGGGUACACAAAGGAAGGCUGCAGGGGCAUAGACAAGAGGCACUGGAACUCGCAGUGCCGAACUACCCAGUCUUACGUGAGAGCUCUCACCAUGGAUAACAAAAAGAGAGUUGGCUGGCGGUUUAUAAGAAUAGACACUUCCUGUGUAUGUACAUUGACCAUUAAAAGGGGAAGAUAGUGGGCUCAUGUUGUACAGAUUAUAUUGAGACGAAAUUAUCUAUUUGUAUAUAUACAUAACAGGGUAAAUUAUUCAGUAAAAAAUAAUUUUAUGGACUGCAUGUAUAACUGAAAGUUUAUACAGUACAGUGAUUCCACAAUCUAUUUAUUGAACGUAUCCAUGACCUGAAAGGGAACAAAAGUCAAAGUCAUUUGCGCACAAAUUAAAAACAAAACAAAAAAAAAAAAAGGAAAAAAGAGGAGAAAAAAAAAAAAAGAAAAAAAGCAAACAAACUAAAAAGUCUGCAUUACAUUCCUCGAUAACGUUGUGGUUUGUCGCCGUUGCCAAGAAUUGAAAACAGAAAAAGAUUUAAAAAAAAAAAAAAAUUAAAAUUGCAUGCUGCUUCAAUUGUGAAUUGAUGAUAAACUGUCCUCUUUCAGAAAAAUAAAUUGAACCAAAACAUUCCGUUUACAUUUUAGACAGUAAGUAUCUUUAUUCCUGUUAGUACUAUAUGUUUACUGCUUUUACCUUCUGAUAGCGUUGGAAUUAAAACAAUGUCAAGGUGCUGUUGUCAUAGUUUUACUGUUUCUCUUAUUUUUGAAUUCCCAUCAGAUUUGGGAAGAAGAACAACAACAACAAGGAAAACCACAUUACCUUAUUCUGGAUUAAAGACAAAUUUGUUUCUUGUAUGUUGUGAAGGUGUUUGCAAUAGCAAUCCGACUACUACUGAUAAAAAUAAAUAAAUAAAAAGAGGCAACUGAAAAAGAAUGGUGAUGUUCCACUUCACAUUGUUGAACUUCAGGCUUCAAGGCAGCACUCAGUUAACUGUCUGUCAACAUGCUUUGCUGGGUUAUUUUUUUAGUAAGUCAUUGUCUUUUGAGACUUGCCUUUCUUUACACCAUAUUUGAUUGUGUUUGGGGUCCCCUCCCCUUUUCUCUCUCCAAGAAGGUUGGCUGUGAGCUUCAGAAUGUUUCACUCUGCAUACAGCUGGAGCUUGUCACGUAGAAAAUGCUCUAUGGAGCAUUGAGAGCGGUGAUAACAGUGUAAUAUGACUGUGCUUGGAUCUGACAUCAUAGUGAAGCCUGGCAGUGGUGUCAAUGCAAUAGGGUCUGAAACCCUCCCCAGUGAAUCGGAGGUCAGCAGCACUGGAGAGCUCGGUCAGUUCAGAGGAAGGUUUGACUGAGGCUGUCCGGAUUGUAGUUGGGACUGAACUUGGUCCUGUGCAUCUCCUCCAUGGAGGGGAAGCUGUGCCCUGCACACGUGGUGCACACAGCCUUUGUGCUCCAGUGUGAGAGCCAGGGGUGGAGGCAGCCAACGCUUAAUGUGCAUGUCUGCUACUGUCAGCCUGCGCGAAACAAGAACUGGCGUUAAAAGGAAGUGAAGAGCAAGGGCUGGAGUAGCUGGCUUAACAUCUGCUUAGGUUCUGACCUGCUUACUAGGCCCUGUGCUGCCGCUCUAAUGAGCUAGACAGAAGUAGUUCCAAAAAGGCAGGUUGUAAGCUUCAGAGCUGGGCGUAGCGCUUCAUCUGGAUACUGUGGGUGGAGAGGCAGACAUAGCUCAUUAGUGAGCUCAAUAAAGAGAGAUGCUGUAUUUGCAAAUCCUCUAGGCAAAGUAGCUGGAGCAAAGAGGGGAAUGCUGGAAGACGUAACUAUUGAGAAAUCUGCAUAGUGAAAAUUAAUUAAAAGCUGGGCACAGCUGAUUCGAAAUAUCAUCCCCUGUGAAGAAUAUAUUUCACGCAGAAUUGAUACCGUUCCUAGUAGAAACCCUGUCUGCUAACUUCUGUGAGCUGGCAUAGAUGCCUUCAGAGUAAGUGGUUUCUUCUUAGGGUAAAAGGGCUUCCCUUUGCUAGGAAUGUCAAAGUGGAGUCAUCCUCACUGUAAAAAUAAUUUCAUAUUUUGUAUUGGCUGCACGUUUCCGGGCUGUGAACAAGAAGAGAACAUUAUGUGACCGACUUGAGCUUCAAACUUGAGGCAUUCCCACCUAAAAACCAGAAACUAAGGAAAUCUUACUGAAAUGUCCCAAGCUUUGGCUGUUCCUUAUGCAAGCUGGACGCUUGUGGUGAGGGAAAAAAUUAUUUUUUCUGUAGCCAGGAUGUUUAUGCAUAUUAUAAUCCGUGGCAUUUAGUAACCUGAACAUCUCUUGGGUGCUGUUGUUCUCAGCCGUGUUUCUAAACUGCUGCAGGGAGAUGGGGCAGCAGUAGCCCAACUCACAAGUGUGUUUGGUGGCAGUAAUGAGUGAGCAGCAUCAUCUAGAGCAUGGGAAAAAAAUGGUAGCUAGGACACAGUGGUAAUCUAAGGUAUCAAAACAAAAUAAUUCCCUGGUCAAACAAACUGAAUUUCCAAAAGAAGUGUUAGUGCAUAAACUAUGCUAGAAAUAAAGCUCCUCAUCUCUCCCAGUUAAUUAUGGGUACAGCUUCAGUUCAGUCGUUCUGACCUGGGAUGGUCACAGCUGCACUUGUCACAGUGAGAACAGUUGGAUGGCAGGUCCGAGCGCUGCUGUUAGCUCCGAGUAAUUGAAAUGAGUAGGACUUGCCAGCUUUGUAUUUAAAGCAACUCAAAAAUGUAACCCCUGCGUUAAUAGAAAUGGAGAAAACCCACUUUAUAUUACCUUUAGGAGCAGGGACUACAGCUGUUGUGUUACAGCACAGACAGGUGGCUUUUGCUCUUCAGCAGCUUUUCCAGCAGAGCCACCUGAUGGGGUUUCUCCUCCCAUCCCUUCUGCUCGUGUGCUGCUGAGCGCGGCCAGAGGAGCAGCCCUUGCUGUGGGGAGAACUAAGGGACAGCACUGAGAACGCAGGGAGGAACCAUGUCCUGCAGCUGCUCCCAGAGCGGAUUCCCAUCAUAUGUAUGUCAGCUGUUGCUUUCGACAUGUGUAUAACAUGAAAACUGGUAGUUAAGCUGUGCUCCUGUGGCUCUCAUUGCUUGACCCAAUGCAGACGUGAUGGCAGGCUCGGUUCAGUUCACAGAGUUGGUGGGGGGGGCUUGGUUUUCCUUCAUGUCACUUAAUUGAAAUCUUGCUGUGGUCUGUUUGUGACAGAGGUAUAUCAUGCAUGUCAGCAGGCCUAGUGCUGUGUUAAGUAAAGACUUGCAAAUGUAAGUUCAUGUCUGUGGCCUUGUUCUCUACUAUUCACCUUGUGUAACAUAAAUAUUUAUUGUAUAUUUAUAUAAUUUUAUGUUUUUUGGAGGAAAAAAACAAACACUGAA